ACCAACACUCAAAAAGGCAGUAUUAAGGGCCACAGAAGGGGGGGAAGAGCUGCCCUUUGUUUUUGUUCAGUACAGAUUUGAGGGGAAACCUGUGCAGGUGUUAAGAAAACCACAUGGUAAUUCUAAAAACACAGAAAAUCAGCCAUACAUCAGAUGUAACCCUUCAACGAUUCAAAUGUGUAAAGACAAAAAAAAAAGAAAACCCGAGAGCAGGACCAUCAAGAAUAUGCCACGCAGUAAUGCAAGCGGUAGGGACAAGCACCAGUGUUGACACACAGUGCAAAAUGCCAAGAGGCCAGAAACAAAUCUUUGACAUAAACAGAAAAUCUAACUAUGAUAAGGCUGUCGGCAUCGCUGUCGAUGAUCCAUUUUUCCGUGCUCUGUCCCUCAUGCAAAAUGAGGAUCCCAAGGAUAAAUUCUAUCAAACCAUCAACAUAAAUAGUACACCCCAAUCAAGUGCUCACCUCCUGUACAACAAACGUCAAAUCAACGACAUCUCAAUGUUUUGUAGCGGGGACAAUUUCUCCAUUCUAAGUGCUGAUAUUACCUUUCAGUUGGGACCAUUCUGGGUUCUCACCACAUGUUACAGACAUUUGGACUUGAAGGUAAAAGGAACGGAUGCCUCCCCAGUAAUGAUCGGCCCAAUGUUGCGACUAGCGGCAUAG